UGAAAGGUAACGGGGAAAUUCCCUGUUUUUCCUAUCCAAUGUCGAUUCUGAUUGGACAGCUGGUAAUUAUAAAGCUACAUGGGCUGCGACGUGUUGAUCACUCCACUCCUUCCCUAAUAAACUUAGUGGAAGGAUUAUUGCAGACAGUAAGCUGUGGACGGCUGUGGACUGCUUCAAUUCAGACAGUCAAAGAUAAAGCUACAGCACUUAUAGAUCAAGAUACAUGCGGUUUAAGAGUUUAUUGGUACAGUUGGUCAUUGUCCUAUUCAUCUUGACUUUAUUCUUCUCAUUCCAAGUUCAAGGGAAGAAAAGGAAACGAAAAAAGAAAGAAGGCAAGACCAUGUCCAGUACUGACCUCAACAACCAGCUGAGGUAUUACUCUGCACAACAUGUUAAGAUUCAAGAAUCUGACUAUGAAUGGGCAAAGUCUUUAGUGGAGAAGUAUGUAAAAGAUGAGCUAUGGAAUUACAUCCGUGAAAACUCUGAAUUUCCUCUGCAGAAACUUGAAUAUACUGGAAGCCACUAUGAACGAUUGAAGACUGAGGCUGCUGAUGAAGUAGAUGUUAUGCUAGUCCUGGAUGCUAAAAAACACAUAACUAAAGAAGAGGUAGAAGGGGUUCCAGGCUGGGUGAAGCUUAAAGUUCAUAAAACUGACUCCCCAUUUAAUAAUAAGAAGUAUGUCAAUCCCCACCAAUACAUUCUGCCAGAAAAGAUGCUUUCAAAAUGGCUGUUCUCAAUUGUUACAAGAGCAAGAAAUGCUUUUCAGGAAAAAGCUACAGAUUUAGCUGUUUCUUUUGAAGUACGAAAGCAUGGCCCUGCAGUACAGCUUGAUAUCACUGAAGUUGCAAGUGGAAAAACAUUGUCUGUGGAUCUUGUUUUGGCAUUUGGAUUUGAUGAUCAUGAAUUUUAUGUUGCUAAACCUUAUAAGAUCAAGAACCCAAACAAGCGCCUUCCUUGCAAUAAGGAUAUUCUGUUAAGAAAGUCAUUUUCCACCCGUGAAAAGGCCAAAUUGAAAAGCAUGGAUAAUAUGGACAGUGGUUGCCGACAUGAACUCCUAAGGAUUGUGAAGACGAUUGUGAGAAAUGACUCUGCUCUUAAGGGAAAGCUGACAACAUACCAUUUAAAGACAGCUUUUCUCUGGUUUAACCAAGAUGAGUCAAAAAGUUGGCAUCGUAAUGAGUUAGGAAACAGAUUCCUUGAUUACAUUCAAUAUCUUGUUGAUGCCCUUAAACAAAAGAAUCUUCCAAACUUUUGGGUGCAUGAAGUUAAUUUGUUGGAAGAUAUUGAGGAUGUAGUUAUAGGAAACAUGGUUGGACGAUUGCAGCGACUAUUGAGCAGUGACAAUGAAAGAAGCAAAAUUCUCAAAGUCCCCACCUCUGACUUGCCAACGUUGACAAGUCAGCUUUCAAUCAAAGAAGAAGGAAUCUUAGACCUUCUGCGUACAUUCAUAGAUGACAUGGGGAAUGCUCUCAGUAAGAGUAUCAGAGAUUCAAGAGAGCUUUUUAACAAGUAUGUCAAGGAUGUCAUACUCAAGAGGUGCAAGGAAAAUUACCCAGAUUUGAUCAGUAAUUUUGAGUAUUCUGGUAACUUGUAUGAAAAACUCAUGACUGAAGACCAAGAUGAGGAUGUUGUCAUUUUGAUGGUUUUGAAAAAGAAAAGCAAUGAUGUUAUCCAUAUGAUGCAUGAAGGGUACUAUAGUAAAUUCAAGGUGCAGGGCAAAAGAUAUGAGUCAUUUUCAGAUAGCGAAGGUUUUGUCUCUCCAGAGAAGAUGAGAAAAUGGUUUUUUACAAUCGUGAGAGAAGAGGCUGAAAGUUGUGCAAAGGAAUUUGGACUGGACAUCAAGAUUUCUCAGCCUGCAAAAAACAGCCCAUUGAAGCUGGACAUCAAGAUUAGUCAGGAAAACUGCCAAGAGAAAAAGCUGUGUCUGAAUGCAGAAGCUGCAUCAAAUGUUUGGUUCAAGACGCCAUCAAUCAGAGUAUGUCUGCUGCCUGCCUUCGAAUUAGUUAAAAGAAAGUUCUUUGUGCCCAUAGAACCAUAUCAUUUUGAAGACUCUGUCACAACUAAAGCCAGCAACAACUGGAAGCAAUCAUUUUCUCUUGAGAUGAAGAAUAUAUUACAACAAAUGGACACAGAUGGAGGCUGUCGCCAUGACCUGUACAAAGUGGUAAACACCAUCCUCAAGCGAGAACCAACAUUUUCUUAUCUCCUGCCACACAUGAAGAUGCUUUUCGUAAAAUUCAUCAAGGACUCCACCAAGAACUGGGACAAGUCUAAACUAGGUGACAAAUUUGAGGAGUUUUUUUCUUUCUUGGCUGGCUUGCUGGAAAAUAAAAAGUUGAAGCAUUUCUGGCUUGACGAUGUUGACUUGCUGUCUAAUGUUCCAACCAUGACUUUGGAAAACAUGGAAAAGAGAGUGAAGAGAAUUCUGAGCAGCGAUCAGGAAAAACAAAAAAUAUUAAAAUAUUAAUUGUUAAUAAUAUUUACUGAACUUCUAAACUGAAAUUAGUCACUGAGUGGAUUUACACAUUGCAUGUUCAUGUAGCCAAUGUAUAACAAUGUAUAAAGGGCUGUAAGCAACCAGGACAGUUGGUCUGUUAUACAGUAACUGGACCACUUUUUCCCUAUCAGAACCAUUUUUCCCCUCAUACAAGCAUUUUCCAUUUUCUUCUGAGGGCCACUUUUUUGAAAACCAGACCACUGCCAAAAUCAGGUGGCUAUGGCCCUGGCAGAUAAAUAUUUUCAUACAAUUAGAGAUACAUUCUUAGUUUUAGGUGUUAUAGAUUAUGUGACAAAAUUACUAUUUGAAAUUAAGGAUAAUAUUGCUUCAUAGAAUUAGCUAUACUAAUAAAGGAAUUUUUUCGGACAA